AUGAGCGCCGCGGGCCCCGGGCCCGGGCCCGGCCCCGACCCCGGCCCGCAGGAGGGGGGCCCGGGGCUCGGCCCCGGCCCGGCCCGGCCGGACAGCCCGCAGGAGGAGCUCGACUUCUCCAUCCUCUUCGACUACGACUACGACUACAAGCCGAUCGAAGAAGAACCGACUCCACAUAAAACCAACAGCCCACCCUCUGGAGUUACAUACGCUCAUGAUGUCUUGGACUGUGGCCUCAAGCCAUGCCCCCUGCCUUUUCCUAGCCUUGCUGCAGAUCCCAUGGGCAGAUAUGGACAGCCAGAUAGCAUAGGGCCAACACCUACAAACCCUGCCAGCGCUGCAGGGGCCGCUGCUCCGAGCCCUAGGAUUGAAAUAACUCCAUAUCAUGAACUGAUCCAUUCGGGGGGGCCCUUCCGCAGCAGAGACACAGAUGUUCUGUUGGCAGAACAUCAGCCAAACUCAGCCACCACUAGCCCCAGGGUUACCCUGCCUGUCCCUGGCUUUGAGGGCUACAGAGAACCACUGUGUCUGAGCCCAGCUAGUAGCGGCUCCUCUGCAAGUUUCAUUUCAGAGACAAAUGUAUCUCCUUGCACGUCUCCAUGUGUUUCACCAAAUAAUGGUCCUAGUGAUGACCUUUGUCCGCAGUUUCAAAACAUCCAUACUCAUUAUUCUCCUAGAACCUCUCCAAUAAUGUCACCACGAACAAGCACCACGGAGGAAGCCUGCUUGGGACGCCACUCACCAUCUCCCUGUCCCAACUCAAGGUCCUCGUCGCCAGGUGCAAAGCGGAGGUUCUCUUGCACGGGGCUCUACGGCGCGCAGCUGCCCUGCUCCUCGCCCCGGCAGUCCCGGAGCCCCUCUCCGCAGCCCUCUCCCCGCCUGCCCCCGAGGGAGGACACCUCUGCAGCCACUUACACGCAGCUGGCCAGCGCUGCCCUUGCCAUGGAUGCUAUGAGCAGCCUUCCCACGGAUCCCUCCUGCGGCGUCCCCACCAAGAUCUGGAAAACCAGCCCCGAUCCUUCGCCCGUGGCUUCCCACAAAAACAGCAUUCCGUGUCACGUCUUUCAGACUGUCGACUUCCACGGGCCUUGUGAGCAGGAGGACAGGAGAAACUCGGCCCCAGAAUCCAUUCUCUUGGUUCCUCCAUCCUGGACGAAGCAGCUGGUGCCUGCCAUACCAAUCUGCAGCCUGCCCGUGCAGUCCCUGCCUCCCCUGGAGUGGCCCCUGUGCAGCCAGUCUGGCCCCUACGAGCUGCGCAUCGAGGUGCAGCCCAAGCCCCACCACCGCGCGCACUACGAGACCGAGGGCAGCCGCGGCGCCGUCAAGGCUCCCACCGGGGGCCACCCCGUGGUCCAGCUGCACGGCUACAUGGAGAACAAGCCCCUGGGGCUGCAGAUCUUCAUUGGCACGGCGGACGAGCGCAUCCUGAAGCCCCACGCCUUCUACCAGGUGCAUCGCAUCACCGGCAAAACCGUCACCACCACCAGCUACGAGAAGAUCAUUGGCAACACCAAGGUGCUAGAGAUCCCCCUGGAGCCCAAAAACAACAUGAAAGCAACCAUCGACUGCGCGGGGAUCCUGAAGCUGCGCAACGCGGACAUCGAGCUGCGCAAGGGCGAGACCGACAUCGGCCGCAAGAACACGCGGGUGCGCCUGGUGUUCCGCGUGCACAUCCCCGAGCCCAGCGGCAGGGUGGUGUCCCUGCAGGCGGCCUCCAACCCCAUCGAGUGCUCCCAAAGGUCUGCUCAUGAGCUUCCAAUGGUUGAAAGACAAGACAUUGACAGCUGCCUGGUUUAUGGAGGACAGCAGAUGAUCCUCACUGGACAGAAUUUCACAGCAGAGUCCAAGGUGGUGUUCACAGAAAAAACAUCAGAUGGGCAGCAGAUCUGGGAGAUGGAGGCAACAGUGGACAAAGACAAGAGCCAGCCUAGCAUGCUUUUUGUGGAAAUUCCCGAGUACAGGAACAAGCACAUCCGCACAGCCGUCAAGGUGAAUUUCUAUGUCAUCAAUGGCAAAAGGAAAAGAAGCCAACCCCAGCAUUUCACCUACCACCCAGUACCAUCCAUCAAAACAGAGCCCAUUGAUGACUAUGAUCCAGCCCUAAUCUGCAGUCCAGUGCACGGUGCUCUGGGGACAGUAACACAGCCUUACUAUUCACAGCACACGCUGGCCACCGAGUCGCCCUCGUGCCUCGUGGCCACCAUGGCUCCUUGCCAGCAGCUGCGCUCAGGCCUCUCCUCUCCCGACUCGCGGUACCAGCAGCAGAGCCCGGCUGUCAUUUACCAGAGGAGCAAGAGCCUGAGCCCCAGCCAGCUGGGCUACCAGCAGCCGGGCCUGAUGGCCACGCCGGCCGCGCUCGGGGACGGGCACAGGUCCGUGCUGGUGCACGCCGGCUCCCCGGCGCAGAGCUCGGCCGUGCUGCAGCCCUCCCCGGGCCACCAGCAGCCCUCUCCCGUCAUCCACUACUCCCCGACCAACCCGCAGCUGAGGUGUGGCAGCCACCAGGAGUUCCAGCACAUCAUGUGCUGCGAGAGUUUCGCGGGCGGCGCGUCGAGGCCCGGCCAGGCGCAGGGCGGCCCGGCGCCGAGGCUGAGCCCCGGCUCGUACCCCACGGUGAUCCAGCAGCAGGCGGCCCCGGGCACCAGGGCGGCCAAGAACGGGCCCCCGGGCACCGAGCACAAGGACGUGCUGCCGGCAGGAGUCACCAUCAAGCAGGAGCAGAACCUGGACCAGGCCUACCUGGACGAUGAGCUGAUAGAUACACACCUUAGCUGGAUACAAAACAUUAUAUGAAAAAGAAUGACUGUGAUCUUUGAUCCAAGCAAUCAAAAAGAAAGUUAACGAAAUUAUCAGGAAGGAAUUUUCUGGACUCCCUGCCAGAAGUCAGACAUAGAAGAAGAGAUUUGUGAGACAACUUUUACCAAAUCCUUCCACAAGUGACCUCUUAGAUCCUUCCAGUGCCCCUGCAACCUCUGGCUUCCUUUGCAGUUCAUCUCCAGGCAGAGACUCAGUGCAAGGAACAAUGAAUUGGCACCAAGGACAGCCUUGGCUGAGCAGCUCGCCACCUCUGUGUGUAAACAGCACGCAGGACACCCUUCCUUCCAUCCAGAGACCUCAUUGUUCUCCUGGAACAGAGCAUCUGUCUGAGGAAACACUUCAAGCCUGCUGCAGCCCAUCUGUCCGUGCGUCCAUCCAUCCAUCCAUCCAUCCAUUGGGGGAGACAGGAGCCUGGGCUGGGCACUGGGGGUGGGAACAGAGUUAUAUUAUAUGUAUUCAUGGAAUAUAACACCAUCCUGCAGGGCACUGACAGGGAUUUGCCCUCCAGGUCUCAAAGCCCUCCUGAGAAAUGUUAUUAUUGCAGGAAACUGAGGCAGCCAAGCUCGCCAAGCACUGGGGUUGGUGUUUCAGACAGGAGAUCUCUGCUGAAUCCAGGAGUUUUCUUCAUUUUUCUUGUCAGACUGGAUAGGAAUUUGAAGGAGAGGGAUUCUCAUAACCAACCAGUGAAAAGAGCAAUUCAGCAGUUGUAAUGCCUGCCCCAAGGUAAAAUAAACCCAGGUAAACCAGAGAUUAAUAUAUAGGAGUCACAGUAAACCCAAAGAUUUUAUGAUUGAUCCUUGUUAGUAUUUAGGCAGUGUAUGAACACACCUUAGAUAUUUUCUCUCUAACAAAUCAUUGCUGUUCCUUUUCAUGUAGAACCUGCUCUUGGCUCAUAACUUGUCUCAUUUAGCAGCUGGAACAUGUACUCACCCGAGCUGCAGAGGAAAAUAAUUGCAUCUUGCAGAAGCCAUACAUUCCAGAGAAAAUAGACACUUAUUUAUAUUCACCGGGCCUCUUUAGCUUUGCAAAGCUACCAGCAAUUCCUGGAAAGGAUCCAUUUCCAUGGCAGUUAGCAUUUUGUUAUGUUUUGCUUCGUGUGUUAGAAUAUCCUGUCCCGACUCCUGCUUAGCACAUUCCAGGUAACCACUGCCACCUGCAGUUGUACAAGUUAGAAUAUUUAGGGGAGUCAGGGAUAAAAGGCUUCUGAGUGGGUAACCAGUGUACAGUAAAAGAUAGCCAUAAUAUUUUAGGAAUUCCGUAGUAAUCUUUCCUGGUUUUAUAAAUAAAGAAUGCUGAUAUUUUUGGGAAUGCAGAGCCUGAGCUCUGCUCUAGUGCACAGUGAAAUUCAUCCAGUUUUCAGUGGUGUCACAGUAAACUUGGCAGAAUACCAGUGUGAACAGCAGGAAUGAGGGGAUGGGAAUACAGCAGAGCAGCCUCAAAAUUGGUUCCCCAAUGUCUCAAGGAAGAUUUUGCACAGUCCCUGCAGAGCAUGGCUUGGUCCAACAGAAAUCUCUUCAGGACCCUCAGGAAGAAUGUAUUUUCUGCCCCUAAAAACUGGUGCUUAAACUCUGCAAGGUCUUGGGGUUAGAGUGGGGACAGAAGCAUGAGGUUCUUCAGAACACCUGACCUGGGGCUCAGCUAAAAUUUGGCUCUUGAACAGAAAUCUGAAUGUCACAAGAGCAGCUCUGGACUCCAGAUUCAGCCCAGCUCAGAUCCAGAGCCCUGCACAUCCCACCCUGGCAUUAAUGGCACCCCUGUCCCUGCGUUGUGAGGUUCAGAUCUUUCACCCCAGAAUGAGUUCCUGUAUCCCAACCCCCAGAACUCCUGGGGUGCCUCUCUGGUGAGCUCUGCCCUGUAGGCGCCCUGGACAAGCCUUAAAAAUGGCCUUUUUUCAUUUUAAUUUUUUUAAUUGCUGAUUUUUACAGAAACAAAAGUGAGGCCCAGCCUUGCUGAAGAGGGGAAUUCCUGUUAGAGAGCUCUCAGCAGGACUGACUGGCUCACACGCCUCAAAAAGCUAUUUUGGAUUGUCCAAAGCUGUCACUGGGCCAGAAUCUGACACAUAUGAGGGGGUUUUAGUGCAGUCUGAUGAAUGAGACAAUUCUGACAUAUUCUAAAGGCCAAAAGUUGCCUUGUCAGAAGUUCUGUGCUAUAGCUGAGUGAAAGAACAGACCAAAUGCAUCUCUCAGUUUCACACUUGGAUGUUUCAAACGUUUUCCAUGAUCCAACCUGUAAAGUAUAGGAGAAAUUUAAAAAACAACCCAGAAACCCAUCCACAGAAAAAAAAAUCUUCACAUUAGUGGCAGAACCUUCUCUUUUGCUGGAUUUUAAAUAGAAGCUCAAAGAAGCCCAGGCAGGUCUUUUCAGAUCUGUGAUGUGCUGCUGCUGCUGCUCUGGUGAUUGUCUGCAGCAACUACUCAUCAAUUUAGGGAAAUAAUUUUUGCAUAUUUAUUUUUGGAUAAUAUCAAUUUAGAAAAGGAUGUUGGAAGUAAAAUCUAGUGCUGGAUCUGAGCAAAGGAAAAGGUCAGUGUUAAAGUUCUGCCUUCUGGAUUGUUGAGGCUGAAAUUUAAUUAAUUAAAUUAACCUCCAAAGGAAGGAGUAGCUGAAACCUUGGAGCAAAGGCUGUUCAGGGCCCAGGGGGAGCCAGGCAGACACAGCCCUGCAGCCAAAAUACCCCAGAUUUCCACUGUGCUCAUGUGUUCCUCAGGCCCUUUGCUAUAGAGAGUUGGGUUUUCAUUUGUUUGAUUUAUUUUGGGGGAGUUCCUCUUUUUUUUUUUUUUUUUUUUGUUUUGUUUUGUUUUGUUUUGUUUUGUUUUUUUGGGUUUUUUUUGUUUGAUUGGAAGUUUUUUUUUUAGGAUUUGGAGGUUUUUUUUUUCCAUUUUUUGGGGCUGAUUUUUUUUUGUUUGGGGUUUUUUUGGGGAAGGGGUUUUUAAUGUGCUACAGGUGCUCUAGCCAUGCUUGCACUGGCUGUAUUCCCUCCUCCUCUUUAAUGCAUAGGUAUUAAUCUGUGUACAUAUACAGUGCACAAUGUCAUUUAUAUAAUGCACCCACACAGAGAGGGGCUAUUUACACGGGCUGGCAGUGACAGGACAAGGGGGGCAUGGCUUCAAACAGCUUUAAAUCAGAAAUUAGGAUAAAAAUCCUCCCUGUGAGGGUGGGCAGGCCCUGGGCUGGAAUUGCCAGAGCAGCUGUGGCUGCCCCUGGCUCCCUGCAGGGCCCAAGGCCAGGCUGGACACUGGGACAGUGGGACAGUCCCUGCCAUGGCAGGGUGGCUCUGGGUGUGCCUGAGGUCCCUGCCAGCCCAGGCCAUGCCCUGCUCUCUGUGGGUGCAUUUUUUAUUUUAUCCACGUUAGAAAGGAACACCCCGUGCAGAGCUGGGUCCCUCCUGUGCUGCCUCCCAGCAGCUCAGCUUGGAGCCUUCACCCCGUGUAUUCUGAAUUUUAGGGGUUCAGCCACAGCUGCACGAGCUCAGGCUCUGCUGCCCCACCUGCUUUUCCGUGCAGCAGUAGUUAAAUAAUUCAGCUUCAACCACCUUUGUAUUUAUUUCCGGAGAAAAGGAGCAUCCUCAGGCAUAGUGUUGUGCAUUGUUGUCUCUUUAAAAAGGAAACUGAUAUGUUAAAAUAUAUAGCUAGGCUGAAGAAUUUCAAUAUAUACAGCACUAAAUUAUUUCCUGUCCUUGCUGAGCAGAGUUUUUCCAGUAUUAGUAUUUCUGUUCCUUAGUACAAUUUCUCUCUGUAGAAGCACGAGCUUAGCCUUGGAAGAGUUAAUAGCAUUUUGUGAGCAAUUUGUUCUCACUUUAUCUGGAAGAUAGCCAUAUUUGCACAUGAGGAAAUUCUCUCUUUCCUCAGUUAUCUGAAUGUUUCACCACAGUGCCUUCCUGCCAUUGUACCAAAGGCCUACAAAUAUCUUGUCUGCGGGGUGAACAACUCUAAUGCAUUUUCCAUCAAAGUUGCACCAUGUGAAGUUCAUGUUGGAACUCAAAAGUUCAUCUCUUUUUAUUUGUCUUUUGUGUGUGUAUGUGUGUAUUUUUUUUAACUUCCAUUUUUCCACCCGAGCUUUGGCUGCGAAUACAGGAUGAGCUUCUAUAAACUCUGCAUCAAAUAUACGUAGAAUAAAAAUCAUCAUUCAUGAUAUGUAAACAGUCUGAGAGUGCAGUGGGAGUGGGCAGAUAUCAGGAAGAUUUUUUUUUUUGUCAGCUAUGAGUGUUGGAAGUCGAGUUUGCCAGGAGAGGAAUUGCUUGUGAAGAUACUUGCAAUAAAUACAAAGUCCUGGUUUUGUUUUUCUCCAUGAGAAUGAGCAAAAAAUGAGAUCUGAGCAACAGCAGAGGAGUGAAAGUGUCUCAUGUAUGUUGUUUUUACUGGGAGAAAGAAUGUAGGAGAGUCAUGGGUUUUGCACUUGCUUUAUUUGUAUCCAUGUAAAUAUGUAUUCCCCCAUUGUCCCCAUAGGAAUACAGCAUUUCCUGAAUGUAGAGGAUUUCCAGAACCAGCACUAUGUUAUUCUCCAGUGUAUAAAAAGCUGCUGCUUCAUUACAUAUCUAGACCAGUCCUCAAAGUAGCUAGCAUGUUUUUUAAAGUGCAUUUUGUAAUCCGUAUCUUUACAACAAAAGUGACUGUGCUUUUUGUCUGACCAAAUAUGCAACAACUUUUGGAUUAAGGUUUGUAUUUAUAAAGGAUCAGUUUUCAUCUUCUCAAUGCCUUACUUUUCUAUGCAAUUGUUGUUGAAUUGUUGUUGUCCUAAAAAAAAAAAGAAAAAAAAGAUGUAUUUGAUAAAUUUCCAAAAGACUUCAAAGACAGCUUUAAAUGCUUCAGAAAUAUGUUUCUAAAUAUUUCAAUCUGACUUUUUCCCCUGCAUUUCUUUCCAAAUUGCUACUUAAUAGGGAACAAUGAUCUGCUAGAUGGGACUCAGGAAAAUGACUGUCUUAAUUUCAAAUCUUAAACCGAUUCAGAUCCUCAUAAUUUUUACACCACUUAAAAAAUCAUCUGAUGUUCCAGAUUAGCUGCAAUUCCGAGUGUUUGUUAUUUAUGUUCCAUAUUCCUGUGCAAUAGGAAGAGAUGCCACUGCUGGGUCUCAGUGGGGUGAAUUGUAAAAUUCUCCAGAAACCAACUCUUUUCCUCAUCAUUUACAUUGCAGUGGUUUCUUACCUGUGAGGCAGCACUCUGCCAUCACACGUGGAAGAUUGUAAUUCUUUAUUCAUCUCAGAAUGGAUAAUCCUCCUUUGGAGCGUUUGACAUCAGACUGGCAUCUGUGUCGUUAGUAUCUGCUGGUUCUAACUGCAGGGCUCCCAGCUGGCACCAGCUUUAGCUACCAGCCAGUGUCCAGCCCACCCUGGUCUGUUCAAGGUUUUUUAGCCAUUUGUGUUGUUUCAGCGGUACAGAAAUAUAAAUUAGUACCAGCACAUUGCAAUAAACUUCACCUGAAGGUGCUGAUGCUGCAAAGAUGUCCUCAAAUGCAAAAAGUUACCUUGGGGGGUUGAGUUUCCUUCUGUAACUCCUAAAAUAGCAACAUUGGGCAGAAAGCUCCAGAAGUCUCAGAAAUUAGUAAUGUUUGUAAAGGCCAGGAGUGCCCAGAUGUGCUGCUGUACCAGCAGUUACUGCAGCAUGGACUCUGCUCCGAGCACCACUGUGCUGGUGGCACCUGGGCACAGAGAGCCUGAGCAGUGCUGGCCUGCCUGGCACUCACAUUUUCCUCUGAGUGUGUAAUUCUGAAGUGAUUCCCCCACAGCCAGCCCUCCCUGCCCUGGGUGUUCAGGUAAAGCCAUAUUUUAACAGACACACGAGUGAGCACUCACAUCAUCCUGACUGAUGUCUUUUGAAUCAAGUUGCCUGUUCAAAAACCCAGCUCUCACAAUUGAAAAGGGGUUUAUAUCAUUCACAUUCCUACAACAACGUUGUAAACCUCCAAUGUAAUGAUUUUUUUGCUAUCUGUAAAGUAUUUUUAUAUAUUGCCUGUACUAUGGUAGAUUAGCAAUAAAUGAAAGGGCAUCAUCUGCUGCAA